AUGGAUGAGGCCAUCCUCUUCGCCCUGGUCGCUUGCGCCUCCGCAGGCCUCAUCGGCUACUCCAGCCCCGCCAUCGGCUACGCCAGCCCCGCCAUCAGCUACGCCGCUCCAAUUGCUACAGUCGCCCAUGCUCCAGUAGCUGUCGCCCAUGCUCCAGUAGCUGUCGCCCACGCUCCAGUCUCCUAUGGCCUUGGCUAUGGUUACGGUCUCGGCUAUGGUUAUGGACUUGGCUACUCCACCCUUCUCCAUUAAGUCACUUCAGUUUUUGUAUGUGUAUUUUAUUUAACAUAUUAGGGGAAAUAUAAUAAUCUAUUUUCAC